AUCACCCAUCCAGUAGCUAAUCUUGCCUUUGUGUUUACAUUUAAUUUAUAAACUUUAAAAAAUAUAAAACUUAUUGACAAUAAAAUGCCUGUUGACUGGUUGGGAUACGUCUACGCUGCCACAGUUGCCGCUGGCGGCAUCAUGGGCUAUGCCAAAGCUGGGUCCGUUCCUUCUUUGGGGGCCGGUUUGGCUUUUGGAGCUCUGCUUGGCUACGGCGCUCAUCUUAACUCCCAGGAUCCGCCACGUCCACUUCUUCAGUUGGGAACUUCUUUAUUUUUAGCUGGUAUGAUGGGUGCCCGAUGGAAUCGAUCUGGAAAACUAAUGCCUGCCGGUUUUGUUUGUGUGCUCUCUGUGGCGGCUUUGGUGCGGAAUUUGGUCACAUAUAAUCGUUACUUGCCCCUGCCCACAGGCACUAAGGGCGCCUAAAUAUUUACAUGCCAGGAAACAAAGAUUUGAUGCUCAACUUGCCUGGAUAUUUUUAUUUAAACUGAUACCUUAAUCUGCUCUUAAUUUGUUUUAUUUUUCUUCUCUAUUUUGAAGCGAACAAUUUUUUAUAUGUGAUGGGUAAAUACUUAAAUAAAACUAUGUCACUUUUUUAGUUAUUAGCGAUAAGAUAACAUAGAAAGUUGACUACUUUCAAAAAGUUAGUAUAAUGCUGACUGAAAUGUUUUCAUGAA